AUGAAAUUGCUUUACAUAGGACUGGUUUGUAGGAUACUUGCAUUUUCUUUGGCAAAACCAUUAUCAGAUGAUCAAACGGAACCGGUUGAAGAUGAGUCCACUGUCAAUGGCCGUGUUUUAUACGAUCAAAGACAAAGUGGCAAAUAUAACAUACACAUAAUAAUUAAGGAUGUGGCUAUAAUUGAAAUGGACCAAAACGAGAUAGUCGAUAAUAACGAUGAUGGAGACUAUUAUUACGACGAAGAGGAUUUGACCAUUAAACCUUUAACAUUAAAUCUCAGUGCAAAUAAAACUGCUACUACUACUACCACUACCACUACUACUGCGAUAAGUAGUGCAGCGGAAGCCUUUACUACGACUAUAAGAAAUAUUGAUAAUGAGAUCUCAACAUUACAACCAAAAAACAAUAAUACCGAAGCUGAUGUUUUCGAUAAUCAAACGGUUAGGGUUACGAACGCUACAUUUUCUUCAAGCACUCUCGAAACCUUAAGAUGGCUUAAUAAAGUAGAACCUUCUUAUUCUACAUCAGAACCACUACAUCAAACACAUGCUUAUGUAACGAGAGAUGCAUCUGGAAUUUUACAAGCUAGAGAGGCAGAUAUGAUAGAUGAGAGAGGAAUGAAAAAUGCUAAACUAUAUAAAAUUAAAUUACUCAAACGACAACCAAUAAAAGUUACUAAGCGGUUAUGCCGUUCAAAUCAAUUUCGAGAUGCUAGCGGAGCGUGUCGUUCUAAGAAGGCGCCGACAACUUCAAGGCAAUCAUCCGGAUCCAUAUUGAAACGUGUCCUAGGCAUGUUAAUUUCCUUGCCCUUCGCAGGACGAGAUGAAAACCAUUGAAAUGAGUGAACAAUAAAAGAGAAAAAAAGUAUUUUUAAUAAAUUUUUUCAAACUUUAUUUAACUCCGAUUUCAAAUUCAACAUUUCUUCAGAUAAUCAAUUACAGAUUUUUUUAAGAUUUAUUUAACAUUCGCUCUA